AUGGGUCUAGAGCUUCCAUCCAUCUCAACCUACAAAAGAAUCUUUGAGGAAGUAAGACUCUUCAUAGGGCGAGUCUAUGAGAAACAUCAAAGUCACUUCAUAAAAGAGAUUACAGAGGCCUACCAGAAUGAGGGCGAAUGCGGCUGGGAUAUGGCAGUAGACGGGGCGUACGAUUCUAAGGGACGCAGCGCAGAACUCUGCAAAGUUCUCGCUGUGGACCUGAGAACAAAACGCAUACAUUCUGAAGUCGUAAACCUUCCGAAACAGGCAGGAAGCGGAAGAAUGGAGAAGGAGGGCUUCCACAGGAUGCCGCGCUGGGUGCAAUCAAGGGAUCUCUUUAUCCGCUCGAUUGCAACUGACCGCAGCCCGAUGUACGGGACCGAAAUCAACUCGUACAAUAUGCAGUUCGGUAAGCAGAUUGAGUGGAGGCUCGUGCCAGACAUGUGGACCUUCAUCUUCGGGCGGUAA